AUGAUUCAGUAUGGGAAUACUACGUUCAAAGACAUGGAUCGUUUGUCUCUUUAUGAGAUAGCACUGAAUACAUGGGCGAAAUGGGUAGACUCUAAUGUAGAUCCAACAAAGACAAAAGUGUUCUUUCAAGGGGUUUCUCCAGAUCAUGCCAGCAUGCCGUACAUAAAUGCCACGAACUGCCAGAACCAAACGCAACCACUGCGAAAUCCAGGGGAUCCUCAUCCAGCAGAAUUUGUACUGGAGAAAGUACUAAAAGCAAUGUCCAAACCAGUCUAUUUGCUCAACGUUACUACCUUGUCACAGCUAAGAAUAGAUGGGCACCCGGCCUCAGCUGGUCAAGGAGUAGAUUGCACCCAUUGGUGUCUAGCAGGAGUCCCGGAUACGUGGAAUGAACUUCUUUACACAGCUCUCUUCUCGUAA